CAGUUCCGUGCUGGCGAAGCGCGUCCUUCCGCUUAUGCUCGUCCUCAGGCCAACGACACACAAAGUGUAUUAUUCUUGUUUGACUGCUUGACAUUAAUCGGAGACUUUCUCAAGGGGACAACAUAUUGUACUACAGGUAAGAAACCGAUUUUUAGCGAAUCAGAUCCGUUUCCGAAAUAUUACAUAAUGUUUAACCAAGAUGACUGCGCGCUCACGGUUUCAGCAAAAGCUCGAGUUCGUCAUUUCAGGAGUGUUCAUGGCUGCUCGGGCUUUUUCUGUGCUAGUGUGACAGGCGCUUCCUCGCGUGCUUGUAGCUAGUCGGAUAGCCACCCCUCUCUCCCGCUGUUCAGAAUGUGACGGAUAGUGUUGUUGUCGUUUACAUCGACAUAAAUUACGAUUUUACGACCGUGCUAAAACCAAGAUAAACAUCCUAGUCAUGCUCUGUUGAAUUCAAUUCGAAUGGAUGCCCAGAUGGAUGCAAACAAUAGCUAACUAAAGGUUAGCAUUUAGGCUAGUUAACCAGUUAGCUACCCUUCCCAUAUCUAACGCUAUUUUGCAAGCGUUCCAAUAUGUUUAACGUUACUGUAUGCAUGCAAGGUUGUUAGCUAGCUCGCAUAUGAUAUGUAUUGCUAUUAAGCAAACAGGCCAAUUUAUCAUGUGCAACGUUAUAGAAUUAGUUUUUUUCUGGGUUGAAACUGAUCCAAAUCAAAGUAAUGCGAUUGUAUCUGCCUAGAUUAAAUGUACCCAACAAACAUUAAUCCAUCACAAACCUUGAUUGAUAUUGUUUAGUAAAAAAAACGCUAUUCAAUGAAAUGAUUGUACGAUGUGCCUAGAAUAUUUCCCUCUGGUCAUCUGAUGCAUGUCAGGAGGGGAUGUUAAAAGCUUGCUAAAUGAUAGCAUAAAUAGGUUACUAUCACAGUAAUGCCCUCUUAUCCCAGACAUGCACACAGAUUACUACAUUUAUUAGGUCGAUAUGAUAAUAAAUGCUGAAAAAAAGUAUAGCCUUUUUAGUCAGCCCAAUAUUCUGCCCCGCAACAGCCAUUAUGGUGUCACCCAGAGGAACAUCAUAUAUCGGGCCAUGACACAGUGCAGUGGCUAAUGAUUCACAAUGUGGGUACUGUUUUAGGAUAUUAUGAGUAUACUGUUGAAGGCCUAUUUCCCAAUGGUUCAGAGUGAAGUGUGUAACCGACAUCUAACAGCAUUAUUUCUAAUUUGUUCCAGAAUAUCAGUCGAAGAUGUCAGAGACAGUGAAGUACAUGGAUGAUGAACACAAGGCCAUCUUCCUGAAGAUACUAAAUGAGCAACGGUUGGAGGGUGAACACUGCGACAUCGCGGUGGUGGUUGAAGAUGUGAAGUUCAGGGCCCACCGCUGUGUGUUAGCGGCGUGCAGCAACUACUUCAAAAAGCUGUUCAAGAAGCAUGAAGUCGACAACUCCUCAGUCAUAGAAAUCGACUUCAUCCGCUCAGACAUCUUCGAGGAGGUAUUGAACUACAUGUACACAGCCAAGAUUUCUGUGAAGAAAAAGGAUGUGAAUUUGAUGAUGUCUUCGGGCCAGAUACUCGGAAUCCGAUUUCUGGACAAACUCUGUUCACAGAAGCGUGAUAUGUCCACUGAAGAAAAUAAUGUCCAAAAUGCCAAACCCUUUCCCUAUGAUAUUGUCAAAAUGGCUCUCCCUACUGAUGACCCUACAUUGGGCCAGGAGAACGACGUGCAGGUGCUAGGUGACCAUGACGACACUCCAACUGACGACCUUGUGGAAGAGCCGACGGCUAAUCAUGACUUGGACAAAUCGCCCAACACGGCGUUGAGAGUGCAGGAGGCCAUUCUCAAAGAGCUGGCCAAUGAGGACGUGCACAAGGUGAGCUGCUACGACCAGGACGUGGAGCCCAUGGACACGGAGCCAAAAGACCUGGCGGGUCACGCCACCACCACGCUGACGUUCGCUGACAGCAUCGGCGAGGUGAAGGACGAGCAGCCCCCUGGGUGGUCCACAGCCACGACGGACAUGAAGUUCGAGUACCUCCUCUACGGCCACCGCGAACAGCUCGCCUGCCAGAUCUGUGGAAAGACCUUCAUCGACGAGAACCGUUUGAGGAAACACGAAAAGCUGCACUCGGCUGAACGUCCGUUCAUCUGUGAGAUCUGCAGCAAAGCCUUCACUACACAGGCCCACCUAAAGGAGCACCUGAAGAUCCACACAGGCUUCAAGCCCUACCGUUGCGAUGUGUGUGGCAAGUCCUUCAUCCGAGCGCCCGACCUUAAGAAGCAUGAGCGAGUCCACAGUAACGAGCGUCCCUUCGGCUGCCAGAUGUGCGACAAGGCCUUCAAGCACAAGUCCCACCUGAAGGACCACGAGAGGCGCCACAGGGGCGAGAAGCCAUUCGUCUGCAGCUCAUGCACCAAGGCCUUUGCCAAAGCCUCGGAUCUAAAGAGACAUGAGAACAACAUGCACAGCGAGAGGAAGCAGAUGCCGCCCAGCGCCCUGCAGACCGAGACUGAACAGCUGCAGGCAGCAGCCAUGGCCGCUGAGGCCGAGCAACAACUGGAGUCCAUAGCGUGCUCAUAG